AUGGGUUCUUUGAGCGAUUUGGAUCUACUACGUGAAGAGCACCUGAAAUUACAGUCAAAGUACGAACAACUACAACAACACUAUGGUUUCCUGCAGGCGAAAGUUGACCCAGGUCAAAGCCCAGAAAUUAGUUCACUUGCUGGCGAGUUAUUUGCUACAAUGAAAAAUUUGUUCGAACAUCACACGUUCAGUGAUAUCGUCAUUCAUGUUGGUGGCCGAGAUGUGAAAUGCCACAAAUUCUUGUUGAUGACUCGAAGCCACCACUGGAACGAUUUAGAAAGCUGCGACUCUAUUGAAAUUUCAGAUUCAAGCAUCGAAGCUUUCGAAGUAGUAUAUCGGUGGAUGUACACGGACACACUCCCACAAUCUAAACUUUCUGAUAAUUUGCUGCAGGAAGUGUGCCGGAUCGCAUUUAGAUAUCAUUUCAGUGGUUUGCAAGCAAGAUGUGUACAACUCUUGAAAAGUCGCGUAGAUGUGAAUAACUGCAUAUCACUCUAUGACUUCGCUGAUAUAGAAAAUGUGACUGACUUGCGUGAUUACUGUGGCGCUGUCGUGGCUGCUCACUGGAAUGAGUUCAAGCCUCAUCAAUUUUCUCAUCUAUCCGCCCCAUCCCUUUUCCGACUUCUCAAGAAGAAUUCUCACUAUGUUCUUCAUGCGAUCGUUCAGCUCAAUCGUGAGGAUGUGCUGCUGCUGUAUUUUAUUGAAAAUGAUUCGAAGGUUUUUACCCUUGUAAAUGUCCUUGAUCAAACUGGCCUCUCUCCUUUGGAACUAGCGUUAACUACUGGUCAUAUAAACAUGGCAAAUCAGCUUUUAGCCAAGAAUGCUAACUGUAAUGCCGUCGACGAGUCUGGAAAGUCCAUCCUAGUUCGAAUGAUAGAAAAAGGUGAUCCAUUCGCUUGUGAGUUCUUGGCGUCAGCGGGUGCUGAUUUGUCGUUUAUCCAUGAGAAAACGCGGUCGACGCUGCUCCAUUUCAUAGCUACAUCUACAGUAAAUCAAGUUUCUAUGUCGGAGUGGGCUGAGUCACGACUGAAAUCUAUGAGCAUAGAUGCUACGGAUGCUAAAGGAAGAACGGCACUGCUAUUGAGUGUUGCUUGUGGUAACGAUCCUCUAUCAAUGGUCUUGAUCAAUAAUGGUGCUGAUGUGGUGAAAGCAGAUGGCGAAGGAAAGUCACCUCUUUCCGUAGCCCUCUAUGACCGAAAUAACCUCGAAUUGAGUGGAUACAUAGUCAAACAUGGGGAGAUUUCUGCUGUUAACCACCGCAUUGAUAAAGAGUCGCUACUUCACAUUGCUGUGAAAAGAGACAGUCUCGAAAUCUCAAAAUUCCUCCUUGAAAACAAGGCAACGGUGGAUGUAGAGGAUAAAAAUGGCGCAACUCCUUUAGAGAUUGCUGUCCGACAAAACAAUGUAAGUAUGGUAAAUCUACUUCUGGCGCAUGGUGCAUCGGUGAGAUCAUCUCGUGCCGGCACAGAUUCUGUACUGCAUAUUGCUGUAUCCAAGGGUGCGCAAAUGCUGAAAGUUUUUGCUGAAAAGGCAAAGGACGUCGAUUGGUCAACAUCAGCAGUUUUAAGCUACGCCCUUGAUGAGAAAGCAUUGGAUUGCGCAAAAAUCAUAGUUUCAGCCGGAGCUCAAGUUGACAGUAAGGAUGAACUUGGGAAUACCUUACUAAUCCAACGAAUUUUGCUCUCCGAUGACGCUGGAGCAACGUUUCUCCUCGAACAAGGGGCAGAACACCUUGCAAAAGACUCGCAUCAAAGAAGUAGUUUCGAACUGGCAGCCUGCUAUGGGCUUAUCAAUACGUUGCGUGUAAUAUGUGGUCUGGGAGUAAACAUCAACGAACGAACGAACGGUGGAUUUGGUUACACUGUGUUAAAGCAGGCUUUAAGUGAAGGUCAUUAUGACUGCGCUGCACUAUUAGUCUCGUUAGGAUGUGACUUGGAGUCUACAACAGCUGACGGAUCAUUUAUUCAAACGAUGUUGCACCAUUUCAUUGACACAGCUGAUGAAAAUGCUGCCGUUUUCUUAGUUCAGAAUGGAUGCAAUGGUGGCGCCACCAGAGUUUCACGCGAUCCUGGGGACGACAAAGAAGAAUCCGUAUUACACAGAGCUGUUUCAUCAAAGAUGAGUGGUCUUGUUGCGGCUCUUGUGACAGCAAAAGUUAAUCUAUUGUGGCAGGAUGCACAAGGUCGUACUGCUUGUCACAUAGCUGUUCAAGAAAAGAAUGCUGACGCUUUGUCAGAGCUUCUGAAAGCUGAUGAUGUUAGCUUUUUAUCCAUACGUGACAAAGUGGGGCAAACACCUUUUUCUAUGGCUGUGGUCACGAAAGAGCAUUUGUUAGCUGCCGCAAUUGUCGAGAGACAGCCUCAUGUUGCUCUGCAAACAAAUGGAAACGGGGAGAAUCUGCUACACACUUCUGUAAAGGCAAAUGAUCUUGAAAGCGUGCUUUUUCUCCUCAGCAUUCAAACCGACGCCACACGUGUAACGACGGAUGGGUCGAAACGAAGUGCCUUGCAUUACGCGGCGAAUGUCGACAAUGAGCUGAUUUUACGGAAUUUGAUUCUUGCCGGUUGCAAUGUGAGUGACGCAUCUGCUGAUGGCAGUACAGCUCUGCAUAUUGCUGUACGCGCAAAUCGACAUGUUCAUGCUGAAAUUCUGCUAGAGAAUGGAGCUGAUCCGAACAUAGUUGAUGAAAGGCGCGAAAGUGCUCUCCUUGCGGCUGUUCGCUGUGGUAGCGUGGACUGCGUGAAGGUUUUGGUGGCCAAUCCAAAUCUUGAUAGUCUAGCUACCAAUAAAAAUGGACAAUCUGCUUUACAUUUAUGCUCCACUUUGACGAGUGAGAAAAUGCCUCCAAGAAGUACACCUGCUGAAAUAUGUGAUCUACUGCUGAGAAGAGAAGCAGGCAGAUUGUCAGAUAAAGAGUUCGGCAAUUAUGUUGAUUUGCGUGACGUAGAUGGAAACACUGCUCUACUCCUAGCAUAUAUGAAUGGAAAUGGUGACGUUUGCCGAUGUCUUUUACGUGGAGGUGCAACAAUGGGGGCUCGAAAUGUUGAUGGAGCCACGAUGUUCACAUACGAAACACCAACAAGGCUACUUUUAUUCAGACUGCUAGAUUCUUUGGAGCGCGAGCCACGUUGGUCAGAUGGAGAUAUGUGUGAUUGCGGCGUUCGAUUUUCCAUUACCGUUAGGAAGCAUCAUUGCAGACACUGUGGCCGUCUUGUGUGUGCCAAAUGUUCUGAGGUAACUAUGCCCAUAGCAAAGUUCGGCGAAGAGAAGAGAGUGCGAGUCUGUUCUCUCUGCGCCGAAGUUCUGACAACUGGAGGUGUACGAUAG